CCUGAAUGUGCAUGGGACAGGAAGUCUCACCUCCGCCUGUAUCUUCCUCACAAGAAAUGAUCAUCUGUGUGACAGGACAAGCCCCGCUCCAGCGUUGCCUCGAUGCUCCUGCCUGUUCUCCAGCGACCAGCUUCCUGCUGAAGGUCUGAAUGUCACCCUGGAGAUACGAGUGGGGAAACAGAACCUUACUAGAAUCUGAUGCUCACAAACUGUUCAAACAUCUCUGGACCACCUACCUUUGCCCUGUGUUCUCAGUGCAUGACAGCUGGAUGUAGCUGGAGUAAUGAUGUCUGCUCCUGGACAACCAGGUCUGCCAACUCAGCCCCCAUACAGGACGUGUGCAGACCCAGCCAGUCAGGAAUGAACUACUCUAAGCCAGUGAUCGUCUCCAUAGUGCCCAGUGUUCUGUCCUUCCAUGGCAGAAACCACGCCCUGAUGACUGGGAAGAACCUCCAUCACGUGACCAGGGUUAGCAUCCAAGGGCACAUGGACUGCAGUCUCAAGGAGUCUCCUGUGUGGAACAACACUGGGUCCAGUCUGACGUUCCACAUCCCCAUUGGCGACAAAGGUUCUGUCAUUGUGUGUGCCGUGCUGCCAGACGGUCGCUGUCUGGGCAAGGCCACUGUCACCUAUGGGUCCUCACCGUCCUGCACUGGGCUAAUACCAAGCACUACCUGGGCUAGUGGGAAGAGGAAGAUCAAGGUCCAAGGGUCCCAGCUGGAGUUUGUGGAGGGGGUUGUUCAUGACCACGCCCCUCAGACCAUCCAAACCAAAUACAGCUCUGGGACUCUGUGGUACCACACACCUCCCUUUGAACACAUUAACCAGCCAGUCACCUCCACUGUGUCUCUGAGAGUGGCCAAUCAGACACUGGCCUGCUCAUCACAGCUCACCUACCAUCCGGACCCAGAAUUCACCAGCUAUACUGCAAUCAAGACAGGAAACGACCUGCGUGUCACCAUUGAGAAAAGGGCUGACAAGUUGAACAUCGCCACAGAAGAGAUCUUAGUGUUUGGUGUUCAGGAGGAUAACCAGGGUGUAGAGUGUGUCAUGGAAACCAUUGAGAAGAGCAACGGGACUGACUCUGUCAUCUGUGAUAUAAAGAACACUCCCAACUUUAACAUCAAUUCAGUGAGGAUAAGAGUUGGAAACUUCACGAAAAACCUUUUACCAAAACAAGCUGCACCUUCACUGCUACUCAUCCUUGUGCUUAUACCCAUCAUCAUUGUGGUCAUUGUGGGUGCGGUGUGGUAUUCCUACAUUAAACAGAGGAAAAUGGCAGCACAAAUGGACAAGCAGCUGGAACUGCUGGAGUGUGACAUCAGAAAUGACAUCAGACAAGGAUUUGUGGAUAUGCAAACGGAAAAGUGUGAUUUAAUUGAGAACGUUGGAGCCAUCCCUUUCUUGGACUACAAGCACUUUGCUUCCAGGAUCUUCUUCCCUGACGGUGGACCUGUGAUGACCUCCUGUAUCAAAGACAUUGGCCAGGACGCGGUGAAGGGGCAGCCAGACGAGAGCUGCCAGGCCCUGUCCAGACUGAUCCGGGAUCAGGUGUUCCUCACCUCCUUCGUCCACGCUCUGGAGGAGCAGAAGAAUUUCAACAUCAAGGAGAAGUGUGUGGUGGCCUCCCUGCUGACCGUGUCCCUCCACGGUGACCUACCCUACCUGACCCAGGUGAUGGAGGAACUACUCAGGGCUCUGAUGGAACAGCCCAGUAACUCCCAGCCCAAACUCAUGCUGCGACGCACCGAGUCCAUCGUAGAGAAGCUGCUCACCAACUGGAUGUCCAUCUGUCUCUACGGCUUCCUCAGGGAGAGUGUGGGCCAGCCUCUUUUCCUGCUGGUUUGUGCUCUGACCCAGCAGAUGUCUAAAGGCCCAGUGGACUCAGUCACAGAAAAGGCUCUCUACACACUUAAUGAAGACUGGUUACUGUGGCAGGCUCAGGACUUCAGCCCAAUGAGGCUGCAAGUGCUGUUUGCUGUGGGAACAGACGGAGAGGUCAGUGAGCCUCUGGAGGUCAGUGCUCUGGACUGUGACACGGUGGAGCAGGUCAAGGAGAAGAUCCUCCUGGCCUUCAAGACCAAGUUUGGCUUCCCCUACAACACCCCUCUCCGACAGAUACACAUCGAGUAUGAGAAGGAUGGAAGGUUUGUCCCACUGAAGGAGGUGGAUCCCAGCUCAGGGGUUUUAGGAGAAGUGACCAUGCUCAACACACUCAAGCAUUACAAGGUACCGGAUGGAGCGUCCAUCAAAGUGCUCUCUAAGACCCAUCCCAGUCUGAGUCCUCAGAGCAGCCUGAAAGACGAUCAGAACUACUCCACUAAGUACUUCCAUCUGAUUGACCCUGACAUUGACCACGACCAAAAGAAGAACCCGGAGAGGAAGAAGCUGAAACUGAAGGAAGUGUACCUCACCAAGCUGCUGUCCACCAAGGUCGCUGUGCAUUCAUUUGUGGAAAACCUGUUCAGAACCAUCUGGGGAACCCCUAACCUCAAAGCCCCGCCUGCCAUCAAGUACUUCUUUGACUUCCUGGAUGCCCAGGGAGAGAGCAAGAGGAUCAACGAUCCAGAUGUACUACACAUCUGGAAAACCAACAGCCUGCCCCUGCGGUUCUGGGUGAACAUCCUGAAGAACCCCCAGUUUGUGUUCGACAUGGAGAAGACCCCGCCUCUGGACGGCUGUCUGUCCGUCAUUGCCCAGGCCUUCAUGGACUCCUUCUCCCUGGCUGAGAAACAGUUGGGCAAGCAUGACCCAACCAAUAAACUGCUCUAUGCCAAAGAUAUCUCCCAGUACAAGCAGGAAGUGAGGGCCUACUACAAGCAGGUCAGGGACCAGCCACCAAUCAACAGCUCUGAGUUCAAGGAGUUCCUGCAUGAGGAGUCAAAGAAACAUGAAAACGAAUUCAAUGAAUCUGCUGCCCUCUGUGAGCUCUACAAAUACAUGCAGCGGUACUUUGAUGAGAUUAAACUGAAGCUGGAUCAGAACGGCGCACCCGUGGAAUUGAAGGAGCAACUGCAGCACGUGAAGAGCCUGUUUGAUAGCCUCAACUGUUCGUGAAACUGAGCUCACUCCCUCCCUUCGAAAUGCUGAAGGCCAGAAAGCUGUUCUAAAAACGGAAUAUGUCAGGAGACUACAUAGGGAUUUACAAUUAAAGAAUAAAAGAGGGAGGCGUUUCAGAUUACUGGGAUGAACCAAAUGAUAGCAUGAAUUAGGUCACAUUCCAGCUAGACAUUUACCCAGAAGCAGUAUACUCUUAUUCUGAAGCUGGGACUUGUUUCCUCAACCGAAAGACUAAAGAUUUUUUUCAACAUUUUUUUUUUAUUUAACCAGGAAGGGCUCAUUGAGAUUAAAAUCUCUUUUUCAAGAGCACCCUGGCCAAGAAAGGCAGCACAGAGUCAUUACAAAAACAAUUAGACAGACAAACAAGUAAUCUAGUAAAAACCAUUGAAUUCACAAGAGUAUAAAACAGCAAAUUAAAAACAUUGACAGGUCAGGGAAUUAGUCUCAAAAUCCUUCAUCAGUGAUUUAAAAACACCAAUCGGGACAAGUUCUUCCAGUUUAAAAGUAUUUGGUAAGGUGUUCCAAGACGACGGAGCAGAGUACAUAAAAACCCUUUUACCAAGUUCAGUUGGGACAUUUGGAACAGUCAGCAGGAUAAAGUCCAGCGAACAAAGAGAGUUCCCACCACAUUUCUGAACAAUAAAAAUGCCCAAAUAAAAUCACUUUGUAAAUAAAAGUAUACCAGUGCCUGAGCCUAUGAGUGACUAGAGAAGGCCAGCCAACCCUAGUAUACAAAGUGCAGUGGUGCGUAAGGGUUUUGCAGUUUAAAAUAAAAUGUCAAAGUGCCAUGGUAAAGGGUGUCAAUUGAUCUCAAACUCUGAGCGGAAGCAUUCAUAUAAAAUAUCCCCAUAUUCUAGUAAAGAUAAGCUGAUACUAGCCUCCUCCUGGCUUCAAAAGAAAAACAGGCCUUAUUCCUAAAAUAAAAUCCCAAUUUCAGCUUUAAUUUUUUUGUAAGAUGUUGAAUAUGCAAUUUAAAAAAAGAGAGAGGCCAUCAUCAAUAUAUUUAUGAGGUUACAACCUCAAUCUCCUUGCCAUGACAGUAAUAGGUGAAAGGUUGAAGUCUAUUUCUUGCAUUAGAAAAGACCAUUAGUUUAGUUGUGCCAGUAUUGAGGAUAAGCUUCAAUUGACAAGGUAUGUUGAACAGAAUAAAAAGCAGUUUGCAUGUUCUGGAAAGCUUUUGUUACUGUUUAGCCUAGUCUCUUACAUCAGCAUAACAAUUAGGUUGUGGUGUUAAAUGGUUCUCACAAGUAAAGCUCAGAACAAAAAAUAUGUACACGACCUCAGUAAAGCAUAAACAUUUUUAUAUGAAUUGCAAAUACAAUCACACAUUACAAAAAAAGUUGUAUAAAUGUUGUGCAAGUCACAGCUCUUUAGAGCCAUGAAACCAACCUUUAACACAAAUGCCUUUGGGACCAUCACGCUUUUAAAGUUUCAGAGUGAUGGCUUUAGUGUAAACACUUGAUACAACAGUCAAAUAAAACUGAGGAAAUCCCUGGUUGGCCAUUGAUAUUCUUUACAUAGGCAUCAACAGUCAAGGCAUGGAAGGACUCCAGCUCCGUUACUCACCAAGGCAUGUAAACAUUGAAUCCAUGUAGUUCUUUCCCUUUUCAUUUGAUAUGUUUUGUGCCAAUAAAAUCAAAAUGCUUUUCACAAAAUAUUUGAGAGCUCACUU